CUCUUGCUAACUGUGCCUUGCUAAAAGCUACGUCAAAUAGUACACAUAGCAACAACGAUUCCAGCUUAAACUAACUAUAUUCAUUUCAUACUGAGUUUUUGUGGAGUUGCUGCUUUGACGUAUCACUGCGUCAAGAAGCCCUACGUCGCAGCCACCGACCUUGCAGAUCUGAAGAUGACAUCCAAGAAAGUGGUCGAGUUGUUCUACGACGUGGUGUCUCCGUACUCCUGGCUGGGCUUUGAGGUCAUGUGUAGAUAUAGAAAUGUGUGGAAUAUAGAGCUCAAACUGCGCCCUGCAUUUCUUGGUGGUAUCAUGCAAGGAUCAGGCAACAAGCCCCCCGGUUUGAUUCCAAACAAAUUCCUCUACAUGACCCAGGAUCUGGCCCGCUUGGCAAAGUAUUUUAAUGUUCCCUUGCAGACUCCAUCCGACCCGGCUGAGGCCAUGUUCAAAAAAGGCUCCUUGUCUGCGAUGCGAUUUGUAGCAGCGGUACAGGAGAGGCAGAAGGGAGGAGACGAGCAGGUGGAGCGCGUGUCCCGGGAGCUGUGGAGAAGAAUCUGGAGUGAGGACAAAGACAUCACUGAACCUGCAUCAUUGUCUGAGGCAGCGCUGAAAGCAGGAUUGUCCGACAGCGAGAUUAAAGAAGUGCUGAAUAUGUACACCUCACAGGAGAUCAAAGACAAGCUGAAAAGCUCUUCAGAGGAAGCCCUUGAUUAUGGAGCAUUCGGAUUCCCCAUGAUUGUGUGUCAUGUAAAUGGCAAGCCAGAGAUGUUUUUUGGAUCGGACAGAUUUGAGCUCAUGGCUAACUGCAUCGGCGAAAAGUGGCUGGGACCUCAGCCUGACAAGUCAGCUGCCAAACUGUGAGAGAGAGAGAGAGAGAGAGAGAGCGAGAGAGAGAGAGAGAGCGAUACCUUCACACACUGAUGGUGUGCUCACAGAUUCACAGAUUGUCUAAUUUGCAUCCUGUAUUAACAAUGUCUAUCAUUUUCCUUCAUUCUUCAGUUUCAUAUUUUCAGUGCUGUGCCUUGUGAAACUAUUCAGAAUGUAUCCAAUGUAACUAAAACAUUUUGCAGUGUAAAUAUUGUAACAUACAAAUGAUGGGCUAUUAAAAGAAACAUUGACCAGAAAAAUCAGCUUGUCAUCUUUCUGUUGAAAUAAAAAAAAAAGACGUGAAAAGGA